CCUGUAAUUGCAAGUGGUCAUAUAAGAGUGCGCACUAUGAAUCUACUGUUGCUCAGCCAGCUUUCCUUUGCUAGAUGAACACAUGUGUCUGCGGUAGUUCUCAUAAGUCUGUAACAACUAGACGGGGAGCCUCUACGAGAGAACCAGCCAUCAUGGAGCAAGGCAUUGUGAUGCACACCAUACACCAGCUGAUGACCAUCAGGGAUCCACGCACCAAGGAUUGGAAGAUGCUGCACAGUCCCAGCUUCAUCGUCAUCUUGUUGGGAGGGUACCUGUACAUGGCCAAGGUGUGGGGGCCAAACUUUAUGAAGCACCGCAAGCCAUACGACCUGAAGGGAUUCAUACGGAUUUAUAACCUGCUUCAAGUGCUGUCAAACAUCUACUUCUUGUAUAGGAUCAUCUACUACUCCUUCUGGGCGGCCGGAUACAGCAUGUUUUGCCAGGGACUGACGUACAAAGCGGACGAGAACGCCCGGCAUCUCCUUAAUGCCUACUAUUGGUACUUCUUCGUGCGGGUGGCUGACUUCCUGGACACGCUGUUUUUUGUGCUGACCAAAAAGUUCUCCCACAUAUCGGUGCUUCACGUUACCCACCACACCAUAGUCGUGUUCAACGGCUGGAUGUUUCUGCAGUUCGGCCCUGACGGACAGGCUGUGUUCGGUGUCUGCCUCAACGCGUUCGUGCACAUCAUCAUGUACGUCUACUACUUUCUCGCUUCGCUGGGUCCCUCCAUCCAGAAGUACUUGUGGUGGAAGAGGUACCUGACCAGGAUCCAAAUCGUCCAGUUCUUUGUAAUGAUCGUUCACGCUUCCAUACCCAUCUUCGUGGAUUGCGGAUAUCCGGUCGUGUUGCUCUGCAUUGGAAUCCCGCAAGUCAUCCUUAUUCUGGGUCUCUUCUUGAACUUCUACGUCCAGGCAUACCUGAGCCGGUCGUCCGGAGGUCCUCCCAAGAUACCGGCUCCUGAAGUACACAGCCAAAAUGGAGACAGCCACCACUCUAAUGGUGGCAACGCGGAGGCGAAGAAGGAGUUGUAGAGGAAUAACGCUCUGGACUGGAGCGUAUUUUCGCACCUUUCUUGCGCACUCUUUCAGUCAAAAAGUUCAAAUAGUACCUGUGAGUAUUGUCGUGCCGCGAUGGCCAUGUGUUGUUCUUUUGUUAUUUUUGUGCCGGUUUUUUUUCUCUCACAUACCUUUAAAAUCUGAAAUCUCAAAACUGAAAUCAUUGCCCUAGUGCUCUUGUGAUAGGAGGGAGGCAGAAUGCGACUUUUAUGCACAUGUAAAACUUUCUAUACAGAGCGUGUAUUUUGUCGUCCCGACCAAACUGCGUGUGCACACCACGGAAGUACCUGCCGUAAAAGAAUCACUUGACGUGUUACUCCCCACACGUGGCGAAGCUUGGUGGCAGUGUAAAUAAGCUUGUUUUUAGCGCAUGGUGAAAUGUAUAGCUGCCAGUAGCACUCUUUGGGGCUGUCUCAUCAAAACGAUUUCUGAGAUUUUCACAUUUAUUGUUGUGUUGUGUAUUAAGUAUUAUUCUAUUUGGAAACUGAAACCAAGAUGUCUCGCGCAUGCUGCGUCGCUACCCAAAAAAUUCAUGUGAAAGGAUGAUCGCAUAGUUCUUGUCGCGUGGUUCAGAAGAAUUUGCAUACUGUAGUAGAGGCCGGAAGAAGAAAAGUUCAUGACGUUGUAACUCUCAAAUGUUUGCUGAAGAGAAGACCCAUCUGCAGUCUUUUGCGUUAUUGAUGUAAAUCUUCAUGACAGGGUACAUUGAGGACGUAAAUCGUUUAUCUAUUCUUCGA